CAGUGAAAUGGAACUCUUGCAUGCAUGCAUGCAAGGAAGAAGGAACACGUACGUACGCCAUGGAAGAUGGAAGAUGGGCCGUGUAACCACUCCUUGUUUCUCUCCGACCUCUCCUCCAACCUCGCGCCGCCGAACGAGCGCAGCCCUCCACGGCGAGACCUUGCCACACCGGCCAUCCAUCUUGAUCGACGCCACCGACGAACACGCUAGCACGCAUGCAUAGCUGUUCCUAUAUAUCGCCGGAACGAGGGAGGCGGUGGGCAUCACACAUUGCCGGACCGACGACGACAACCAGUUCGCCGAUGGAUCAACGCGGGCCGCUGCAGCCCGAUGGCCGCCGUCUUGCGGCCGCGCUCCUCCUCCUCCUUGCCGCCUUCCUCUCUUCUGCCCGUGCCGUCACCAGGGAAGAGGCCUCGAACAUCGCGCACCGCCAGCUGGUGGCCAUAAGCGAGGCCGGCGAGGAUGGCGUGGGCGUUGGCGAGGACGGCGAGCUCCCCUCGGACCUGGAGAUGGACGACAAGGCCGCCGCUGGCGGCAAGACCUUCGCGAACGGGCGGCUCCGGCGCGCCUACAUCGGGCUCCAGGCCUGGCGCAAGGCCUUCUACUCCGACCCCAAGAACUUCACCAGCAACUGGGUGGGCACCGACGUGUGCUCCUACAACGGCGUGGUCUGCGCGCAGGCGCUGGACGACGCCAACGCCACCGUGGUUGCCGGGAUCGACCUCAACGGCGCCGACAUCGCCGGAUACCUUCCGCCGGAGCUGGGCCUGCUCACCGACCUCGCCUUCUUCCACAUCAACUCCAACCGCUUCUGCGGCAUCAUCCCCAAGAGCAUGGCGCGCCUCACCAUCCUCUACGAGUUCGACGUCAGCAACAACCGCUUCGUCGGGGUCUUCCCCUACGUCGUGCUCGAGAUGGUGUCGGUCAAGUACGUCGACAUCCGGUUCAACGAGUUCGAGGGCGAACUCCCGCCGGCGCUCUUCGACAAGGAGUACGACGCCAUCUUCGUCAACAGCAACCGCUUCGUCGGCCCCAUCCCGGAGAACAUCGGCAACUCCACCGCCUCCGUCAUCGUCUUCGCCAACAACAAGUUCGUGGGGUGCAUCCCCAAGAGCAUCGGCCGCAUGGCCAAGACGCUCGACGAGAUCAUCUUCCUCAACAACACCCUCGACGGCUGCAUGCCGCUCGAGAUCGGCAUGCUCAAGAACACCACCGUCGUCGACGUCAGCGGCAACGGCCUCGUCGGGUCCCUUCCCAAGGAGCUCUCAGGCUGCAGCAAGAUCGAGCAGCUCGACGUCUCCAGGAACGUCUUGACCGGCGUCGUGCACGAGGCAAUCUGCGAGCUCCCCGCGCUCGUCAACUUCAGCUUCGCCUCCAACUUCUUCGAGUCCGAGUCCGCGCCAUGCAUGCCCUCCGACAAGUCGGAGGUGAACCUCGACGACGCAAACAACUGCCUCGGCACGCUCCGGCCAGCGCAGAAGACCGCGCUCCAGUGCGCGCCCGUGCUCGCGCGCCCCGUCGACUGCAGCACCCACACGUGUGCCGGGUACACGACGCCCGCCAAGGCAUCGCCGCCGGAGGAAGCGGCCAUGCCGCCGAUAAUUGGGCCCGUAAAGCCAUCGUACCCGGUAGCAGCACCCGAGCCGUCCGUUCUGCCACCGAUUGUUGGGCCGGCAAGGGGGUCGCCGCCGCCGCCACCCAAGGAAGAGUAUGCUUCCGCUCCGCCACCCAAGGAAGAGUAUGCUUCCGCUCCGCCACCCAAGGAAGAGUAUGCUUCCGCUCCGCCACCUCCGAGUUCCGGCUGGCUCCCGUUGACACCUGAACGCAAUAGGGCGCCUCCGUCCGAAGAGUACACACCUCCGGUCAAGGUGCUUCCACCACCAGCGCCCGUCAAGGUGCUUCCGCCGCCCGCGUCCGAGAAGGUGCUACCACCACCAGCGCCGGUCAAGGUGCUUCCGCCGCCCGCGUCCGAGAAGGUGCUACCACCACCAGCGCCGGUUAAGGUGCUUCCGCCGCCCGCACCCGAGAAGGUGCUUCCACCACCAGCGCCGGUUAAGGUGCUUCCGCCGCCCGCGCCCGAGAAGGUGCUUCCGCCACCAGCACCGGUGAAGGUGCUUCCGCCGCCCGCACCCGAAAAGGUGCUUCCGCCACCAGCGCCGGUUAAGGUGCUUCCGCCACCAGCGCCGGUUAAGGUGCUUCCGCCGCCCGCACCCGAAAAGGUGCUUCCGCCACCCGCACCUGAGUAUAGGGUGCUUCCGCCACCGCCGUCGGUUAAGGUGCUUCCGCCGCCCGCGCCAGAGAAAAAGGUUCUUCCACCACCGGCACCGGUGAAGGUGCUUCCGCCACCCCCUGUGAAAUCUCCACCCCCGCCGGCACCGGUGAGCUCUCCACCACCUCCCGUCAAGUCUCCACCCCCGCCCGCACCGGUGAGCUCCCCACCACCUCCGGUGAAGUCUCCUCCCCCACCCGCACCGGUCUACUCUCCACCACCCCCGGUGAAAUCUCCCCCACCACCGGCACCGGUGAGCUCUCCGCCACCUCCGGUUAAGUCUCCUCCCCCACCCGCACCGGUCUACUCCCCACCACCCCCGGUGAAAUCUCCUCCCCCGCCUGCGCCAGUGAGCUCCCCACCACCUCCAGUGAAAUCACCUCCGCCACCCGCACCGGUCUACUCUCCACCACCCGCACCGAAGAAGGCUCCGCCAACCGAAACACCGGUGAUCCCACCUAAAGAAAAGGCAAUGCCACCACCAACUCCGGCAAAGACUCCUUCGCCUCCGGUAGAGGAGUAUGAACCACCAGCAAAACAUACUGAAUCACUGCCACCACCGGUGAAGUCAUCUCCACCAAAAGAACAUACGCCUGAGAAAUCAUUACCACCACCGGCUCCCGUGAGCUCACCGCCACCUCCUGUGAAGUCCCCACCACCGCCAGCACCAGUCAGCUCACCACCACCAGUACCGGUGAAGCCUCCACCAGCUCCAGUGAGCUCACCAGCACCAGCGCCGGUUAAGGUACUUCCGCCACCCGCACCCGAGAAGGUACUACCACCACCAACGCCGGUUAAGGUACUUCCACCACCCGCACCAGAGAAGGUGCUUCCACCACCGGCACCAGUGAAGCCUCCACCGGCUCCGGUGAGCUCACCACCUCCUCCAGUGAAAUCUCCACCACCACCCGCACCUGAGAAGGUGCUUCCUCCACCAGCUCCGGUUAAGGUACUUCCACCACCAACGCCGGUUAAGGUACUUCCACCACCGGCACCGGAGAAGGUGCUUCCACCACCGGCACCGGUGAAGCCUCCACCGGCUCCGGUGAGCUCACCACCUCCUCCAGUGAAAUCUCCACCACCACCCGCACCCGAGAAGGUGCUUCCUCCACCAGCUCCGGUUAAGGUACUUCCACCACCAACGCCGGUUAAGGUACUUCCACCACCGGCACCGGUGAAGCCUCCACCGGCUCCAGUGAAAUCUCCACCACCACCCGCUCCAGUUAGCUCGCCGCCACCUCCAGUCAAGUCUCCUCCUCCACCAGCACCAGUCUAUUCACCACCACCGGUACCGGUGAAGCCUCCACCCGCACCGGUGAGCUCACCACCUCCUCCGGUGAAAUCUCCACCACCUCCCGCCCCAGUUAGCUCACCGCCGCCUCCAGUCAAGUCUCCUCCACCACCGGCCCCAGUCAGCUCACCGCCACCGGCACCAGUGUUGUUGCCUCCUCCAGCAAAAUCCACUCCACCACCGGUCAAAGAAGAGCCACAACCACCUCCGUCGGAAUCUCUUCCUCCCCCGAAGUUCGACGAGUUCAUCAUGCCGCCGGUCGUGUCGGCGAAAUACGCGUCACCACCACCUCCCCAGUUCCAAGGAUAUUAAGCAUGGCAUCAUCGAAACAUCGACGAGGAGCGACCAACUAUGGUUUAACACAACAUCACGUGCACAUGCACACAUGUACCUCAAUAAUUUGGCACGUGCAUGCAUGCGGCGUGACUUAUUAUUAAUUAUGGGUAUGUCUGCGCGUAUGUAUGUGCAAACUAAGUGAGAUGGCAAAGUGUAUGAAAUGGAAAUAGAUGUGAUCUAUGAUGCCUUUUUUUGUUUUUGGAGAUGGGCAAUUUUAUUAAAGCAUCAAGCAACUUUUUUUUUGGAAAUGUGAUCCAUGAUGCCAUGUGUUCUGCUUUUCCCUCUAGGACAAAUGUAUUUCUUUGUUUUAUGAGCAAGACAAGUGUAUGAGAUUGAAGGAUAAAUACACAGUUAAAUGUGUUUUGGUUUAUCUAUCUACUUAUCUGUCUACAAAAAGCACAAUACAUGGUUUUUUCACAUG